UAUUGUAUGGAUAUUAUGAAUCUUUAACAUUUAAAUUUAUUAAUAAUAACAUAAUUUAAAUUUAGUGGGUGUGUAUGAAAAAGCAAUGAGCAAACAAAUAGUGAAAACGUCAAUAAAACUAUUGUACUGAAGAUGAGUCAUGAUUAAGAAGUAUUUCACUGUUGCACUAAUACAAUCCUAUGAGAUCUUGAUACAAAAGAGCUUUAUACUUUGUAUUCUUCAAUAUUAAUGAUCUUAGAUUGCAGCAUCAUGCGAGAAAAGAUGUUAUUUUUAACCAUACUUUACAUCAUAUAAUGACAGGGUAAUUUAGAUGGAAUUCAUUAACUACGUAUUUCAAAUUGAGGAAGUGAAAUAAUAGUACUGCACCAAGAAAAUGUUUUAGAUUAGACACAAUUUGUUUGGCAUGGAUAAUGAACAAAUAAUUUCAACUAACUCCAGUUCCAACAAAAUGAUUUAUUCUCAACCUCAUUCCAUAGAUAUAAAUUUUGUUAAAAACAUUCCAAAACAAACUAGUUUAUCAACAGCUAGUACUGCACAAAACAUUGAAGACACAAUGUUGACACAUUGCGAACAAAUUGCUAAAAGUGUUCCAUCAUCAGUCAAUGUCAAUCCAAAAUUAGUUACUGUUAAGUUUGAAUGUGGUGGUAUUAGUAUUGCAACAGCUUAUGAUUUAGAAAUGACGGUUGGGGAAGUUAAGAGGAGGUUAUCCCAUGUUUUAGAUUUAAAUGAGGAAUUUGUUAUAUUCUACAACAAUGAUAUUGAAGUACAAGAUUCUCAGGCUUUAGCUGAAUUUAGUGACAAACCCUAUGGCAAAGUCUUACUCGAAUUGGUUUACACAAAAGGAGAAGCAAUAGUGAAAACAAAAAUCAAGGAAAAUAUUCCAACAGUUGAUGUAGUUACAUCACAUGUAAAUGAAGGACUCUUUUAUAAGGACGUGGUAGUGGGAAUAGAAAAUGAAAGUGUUCAAAAACAAUGGUUGGGAGGUUAUUCUAAUAAACUGUCAGGCGCUGAGUAUCACAAUGCUGAAACACAAACUAUGCCCAAGAAAAAAGUAUAUGAAAUUAAUGAAUCUAAAAGCUAUGAUGUUCCAAAAUAUUUUGAAAGAGAUGUACAAACUCCUUUCCCCCUUGUUCACAAAAAAGUCAACACAGUUGUCGAUAAAGCAACACAAAUGUGUAGAUCUGAUCAUUUUAUGUCUUCAAAAAAUGACAAAAUAAUAACUUGUGGUACUUACAUGAACAACUCCAUGUCACUCCCCACAGAUCAAAGCCAUGUUAACUCCGCUACAAUCAUUCAGAGAUCAGUAAGAAAGUGGAUAAUGCGAAGGAAAUUUAGAGCCUUAAUCACAGUGCAAUUAGAGCAUUUACGAAAAUUUAAAGAAGAUCGCCAAAGGAUUGUUCAAGAUCAAGAAGAUAAAGACCGUGCAGUUAUUACUGGUGCUGUAUAUCCAGUGAAACGUGAUGACUUUUAUGCUCUAUUUUUGAGAGUUGAGAAAUGGUGGAAAAAUGAAUGGAAGACAAUUUGUGAAUCUAAGAAAUCAGAAGCAAAGAAUGCUGCAUCUGUGUUGCUGGUGGUAAAAGAAAAAGAGUUACUGGAAGCUAUUGAAAAACAUAAAACUGCCAGCAAAGCAGAAUCUUUGAAAAAGGAAGAAAUGCGUUUUCUGGAGCAAACAUCAAGACCAGUGUUGUUUCGAACUUCCAAAGGACAUUUGGCAACUAUUGAUUACUUAGAGACUCAAAAGGCAAGGGAAUUUAAAGAAAUAUAUAGUGCCUUAGCUCGAAAAGAUGUAUCGCCGAAAGAAAGAGUAGAACUGGUGAUAAAUUUAAAACGCUUGUUUGAAUCACAAUAUAUGAAUUAUGAAUAUGCUCGAGACAUAAUUUCCCUCAUUAACAGAGAAAUAGAAAUGAUAAAUAGUGGGUUUAAAUUUACUGACUUAAAAGGAUUGCAAAAACGAAUCGAGCAGCUUUAUCUGGAUUUCUUGCGCCAACCAGAGUUUAAUCCGGCAGCAAAGAAAUAUAAAAAGCCUAACUUGCCAAAAACAUUGCAUCAAACAUUCAGGUGUUCUCGAUGUUUGAAACUUUUACCCGCUUCGAAAUACCCAGUGCAUGUGAGAAUGAGAGCGCUUGAUCAGUGCAAGUCCUGCACAUGGAUGCAAAACAUUGCUCACAAGCGAGCUGACAUGAGCCCCUAUCUGAAACUGUUGCAUCAAGUCCAGAAUUCAGAGAUGCAAAAGUGCUGUUAUUCGGCAAUAUGUUUUAUCUUACAGCCAAUCGGGAUGGGACAUCUGACCAAUAUUAUUUGGCACGGUCGUUCUGCUGUAAGUGAAUGUUCAGACAUAUCAAAGUUACAGCAUGUAAGAUGGCUUCGAGAAGUUGAAUGGGCUCCGUGGAACACCAUAUUACUGACUGAACAGGAGGCGAGGCUUCAUGAGAAUGUACCUGACAUCUUCACUUUUUACGAUGAACAAUUUGUCGAGAAAGUUCGGCAAAAACAUAUUCUUGCACGGAAAAGAUUCAUACCUCUAUUGAUGAUGGACCAUGACAUUCGCUCUUCAGGACAGUGGUCCAACAUUACAGACUCAGGAGUAUUCCUACAUCCGAGUCAUGCUGAGAGAAUGGCCAGUGAGAACUCUGAGUAUGAUCUAUUGUAAUUUUUAAGAUUGGUUUGGAUAUUUAAAAAAAUAAAUUAUUUUUGAUUAU